GACAUAUUUUCCUCUCUCAAUUCUCAAUCUAAGCUUAUUACGUAUAGAGUGUUGCAAUGUCAGAUACAGACUCGCCAGGGAUAGAGCACGAAAACUUUACAAAAUGGGCGGUAGCUCACGGUAUCAAAAUCAAGGGUGUAGCCCCAGCCCGAUUUCCGGGCCGGCGAUUGGGAAUGAUUGCGACGAGGGAUAUCAAAGAGAAUGAGAUCAUGCUCUCUAUCCCCAUGAAGCUAAUGCUCACGAUUGACUCAAUCCCAACGGAAUUCGUCAGUCAAUUCCCAGAGGGAGCAUCAAUCCAUGGGAUCCUCGCUGCGUUUCUUACACACGGGGAUCCGGAGCUCCUCUCCGAGCUCGACACAUGGCGCAGUGUAUGGCCAGACUGGGAAGAGUUCGAGAACAGCAUGCCAAUUUUCUGGCCCAAGCAUCUACGAGUCUCAAACUCUGCAUCAGAGAUUCCUUCCGAAGACGACCAGCAACAAGAACCGUCAGAGGGGGCGCCCGUACUCCUGCCUCCCUCAAUAUCCGGCCGCUGGAAUUCUCUCCCUUCAAUAUCCCAGUCAGCGACAAAACCGUACGAAACGCGUUAUCAGAAUCUUCUCGCGCAGCAGGGGAAACGGUUAAGGUCUGCAUGGGACUCUGUUUUGUCUGUUUUCCCGGAAACGGAGUGGAAGACCUUUGCAUAUAACUGGUCGAUUAUCAAUUCGCGGAGCUUCUACUAUAUUUCCCCGGGGAAGGAGGAGCCAGAGGAUUGGAAUGAUGCGAUUGGGAUGGUGCCGUAUGCAGAUUAUUUCAAUCAUGUUGAUGAUGCGGCCUGUGAGGUCAAAUUCGAUGGGAGAAAGUAUACAUUCAAGGCUACGAGGCGCUAUGAAAAAGGCGAAGAAGUCUACAUGAGCUACGGUUCGCAUUCAAACGACUUCCUCCUGGUCGAAUACGGCUUCUGCCCCGACGACAACCCCUCAGACGCAGUCUACCUUGACGACUUAAUCAUCCCCGAUCUAUCAGCAGAACAGAAGGAAGCAUUGGAUGCGCACGACUGCCUUGGCAACUACGAGAUUAUUUCGAGUGGCUUAGAUGAACGUCUGGUAGCUGUCGCCAAAAUCAAGCACAUGAGUCUGAAGAACUGGCGGGAGUUUACCAAUAGUAAGGAUGGAUCAGAGCGGGCAUCCGACGCGAAAAGAGUAGGGGAGAUCCAUCGUGGCUGGUUAGAGAGGUAUUUGGAAGAGAGCACCUUCGCCGUACAUGCUACGGAAGACGUAUUAAAGACAGUGGCGGACGAGUCUACGAGGGCGAAGCUUGACUUGAUCCUGUCACGCUGGAAGCAAAUCGUGCAGCUCUGUGAGAGCGCCUAUGAAUCUACUUCUCCGUACACAUAGGGAUUCAUUUGAGAAUAAAUAAAGCAUUUCUUGUAGUAUUUCUUCCAAUUGAAUGGCGGAGACCUUCUGGAAUUGUUUUAAAACACAAGAGGGAGAGCUCUUCCUUCAUUGACCAGGGUGUUGACUUAGGAGACAAUAAUACAUCGGGCGAGAGGCGGAAUACCGAUACAAAAAGUCGAGUUUUAGGGCAAGAAUAGAAGAAACGCAAACCAAUUCUCUCACAGCUAAUAAUAAUCUUUGGUUUUGUCCUCGCAAAACUCAUAGAACGCUUUUGCUCUACCAGUCCCACCAAUCUCCUUGAGCCUCAUCGCGUUCAACAGAUGCGGUGCGACAGUGGUAUGAAUGCGGCCCCAUGGCAUCACGUAGCAACCGUUGUUGUCAAGGUUGACAUCAGAAGACAGGCCGGCAUAUAAUUCGGUGAGGGCAGCCAACUUAGGACUAUGCUGUAGCGGGUAUGUGAAAAUCUUCGUCCAUCUGGCGUCUUUCAAGAGAUUCGUGUUCGCAUUGCCAGGGUUCAUAGCAACGCUAACAAUUCUGCGUUCGUCACCGUACCGACGCGCAAACUCCGCCGACAAAAACCAGCAACCAACUUUGGAGUUGAGGUAAUUGCGAACGUUAUCCUGAGGGGCGUUGCUCAGCUCUGUCAUAACGAUGCCUUCUGGAGGUGAGGAGAGUUCAGCAACCUGGCUGCUAAGCCAGACAACUCUCACGGUACCGGCAAAGGCGGGCCCGUUCUCUUCCACAGCCGCCUCGAGUAGAGGGAGCAUCAUAUGCGUCAACAAGAAAGGACCAAGACAAUUCGUUGCUAGCUGAAGUUCGAACCCUUGCUUUGUAAGACUACCAGCUGGCGGCUGGGCAAUGCCGGCGUUGUUCCAGAGAACAUCGAGUUUGGAUUCUUUCUCUUUGAAUGCUUCAACGGACGCUUUGAUGGUGGAUAAAUCGUCGAGGUUGAGGAGGAUAUAGUCGAUUCGGCCUUCACGUUCAGGGACGGUCUUCUGGAUGUCUUCCACAGCUUUCUUCGCCUUUUCCUCCGUGCGGCCCGUGAUGUAAACGGCUGCGCCUCUAGCGUAGAGAAUUUUAGCGAGCUCGAGGCCGAUGCCAGAGGUGCCGCCGGUGAUGAGAUACACCUUGCCUUUUUGAAAGGGGAUGUCCUUCUCGGUGAAGGCUGGGCGCGGGGGGAAGAUUUGCGUGAGCUGCGCGCUCAAUUUGUACGUCGCUGCCUCACGAGGAGGACCAGUCUGUUUGGCGCGCUUCAAGAAAACGGGAGCCAUCGUGGUUAGGGAGGCGUAACGUAUGCUUGAUGGGAAGCUUAGAGAUACUCCCGCGACACGAAAGGAGUCAACGAGAACGGGGCCGAAGAGUUGCAAGAGGCUGGCACAGGGAAGUUUCAUUACUGUAUUCAAAAGUGGCAGCUGCGACAGUUGUCGGUUCGGAUCCAUGAGGUAGGAACCG